AUGGAAAUACGGCGAAUUUACGGCCGNAUCCAUCGACCUUUAUAUGCAUUAGUUGAAAUUACCAAAUCGAAGAUGGAAUGUAAUCUUACAUCACUUCAAUCAAAUCUUGUCCCAAUACCGUUAAUGGAACAAACAUUUCAAAUUAAUAUUACCGAUGUUUUACCAAAAGAUAAGAGACCAAAAUCAAAUCGAAAGGCAACUUUAUCAAUAAAGCGGUGUGCAUUACCACUCGUACCUGCUUACUGUAUUACUACACAUAAAAGUCAAGGUCAAACUUUAAAUAAUGUUGUAAUUGAUUUGACGCUACCCAAGGAAAAUGAUGAUAUUGCUGCAAUUUAUGUACCUUUGUCACGUGUAAAACGCUUGGCAGAUCUCGUCAUUUUACGACAUUUUGAUUACCAGGUUUUAUUGAUCAAACCAAGUAAAUCACAACUUGCAGAAAUUGAAAGACUAGAUAAACUAUAUUCAGAAACACAAAAACGUUUUUCUCAGUGGUUUUAA